AUGAUGAGUCUUGUUGACUUUAAAGAUCAAAAGGAUAGUCUUCCAUCUGCUUUCAGUAAUCAAUCGCAAGAAAUGGCAAGCAAUUAUCGAAAGCGAUUAGAAGCUUUUGUUACAUGUGUGAAGUACCUAUUACUUCAAGGGUUGUCUUUCCGUGGCUAUCUUGAAAAUUCUGAUUCUUUAAAUCAGCGCAAUUUCCUUGAAUUCCUUAAAUUUCAUGCAAAAGAUAGACUUGAUGUUGAAAAGGUUGUAUUGGAAAACGCUCCGGGAAAUUGUCAAAUGACUGCUCCUGGCAUCCAAAAAGACAUCAUACAUGCUUGGGCAAAAGAAACAACGAAAGCCAUACUUGAUGAAAUUGGUAAUGAUUUUUUUGAUAUCCUUGCUGAUGAGUCCGCAGAUAUAUCUGAUAAAGAACAAAUGGCUCUUUGUUUGCGAUAUAUUGAUAGAAAGGAUGGAUUGAAUGAACGUUUUCUUGGUUUGAUACAUGUGCCUAACACCACUUCUUUGACUCUUAAAGAGGCAAUUGAAUCAUUGCUUAUGGAGCAUUCUCUUAGUCUUUCUAGAGUUCGGGGACAAGGAUAUGAUGGUGCUAGUAACAUGCGAGGUGCAAUAGCUGGUCUAAAAACUCUAAUAACUGAUGAGUGUCCACAAGCAUAG